AUGGACUACAGCUAUUACCACCACAACUACGACUACGACUACGACGACGACGACUACAACGACUACAGUCAUGAUGGAUGGGGUCAGGGCUAUGGAGGGGACUACGACUACGAUGAUGGGUACUGGGAGGACGACUACUGGUACCAAGAGGAAGAAUCACCAGAGUACUACCACAACCACUACAAUGAGGGCCAGGAGUACAUGCAUGGGGGGGAUCGCAGCUACGGUGCUUCCGAAAAUCACUAUGGAAGCCAGUAUGAUGCAUCGUAUGAGAACAACUACCAUCAUGGCUACUCUCAGGGCAACAACAACUACCAGUCCGACCAUCAUCAUCAACAGCAAUACUAUGGGAGCAACUCCUGGAGGGACUCUGAAUCAUCACAUCAUUCCAGCAGCCACGUCGACCACCAUCACUCGUCGACGAGGACCAUCACCCACACAUUCCCUGUCCCUCCCACACCUCCGCUACUUCCCAUCCCACCGCUGUCUCCCCCAACCCCAAAUAUUGCCGUUCUUCCAGUGCUUCGCACAGGCACACCGUUGAUUCCCGCGGGCUUCCCAUUCGAGUCGCGGGCCAUGGGCAUCAACCGCAACCAGAGCCUGAGCGUGAAGCCCAUCGAUUCCGAACACACCAAGUCUGCCCUUACACCGACUCCGACAGAGUCCUUCUUCCACAAUCUUUUCUGGAAAACCCCUGGCAAACCAAGAGACCGCACGAGACCGACCACACCCGUUAUUGUCCCCCCUGCUGGCUCGCGCCCAAUACCUCGCAGUCCCAGUCUGACGGCCAAUAUCAGCCUCAACAGAUCUCCUUCAGCCGCCGGGAGCUCGCCCAUAGCUGGGUACGAUGCGAUGAGAGGAAGGGGUAUAGGAUUUCUAGCUCCGUCUCCUGAACGAGCGUAA